AUGCCCACAUGCACGUCCAUCGCCGUCACCGGCCAGCGCCAGUCGUGCACCAGCGCUGCCGUCUACACGGUGCCAGUGCGGCCACAGUUUACAAGGUCUAAGAUGCUGGGAAUCACUGUGAACGCAUACACCUCGGCACACCUGCGUCCGCUGCACGAGGCCUCCACGCCCCUGCUGGAUGACGCGCGCGCUACUGCGCGUCAUCGCCGCUGCUCAAAGCAUGAUGCCACCCUAUUGCAUCACCGCGAGGAGGCUCUCAGCACCAAAGCCAUUAGCAACAUCAACCACUCGUCGCUGAAUAGCACUGCCUACGAGGCGCUCUCUGGCAAGCGCGGCUGCAGGCCGCGGUGCUCCUCCUUGGGGGCCCGCCGCAGUUCUUCGCUGGCGCUGCUGGGCACAGCUGAGGCCGUCUUGGCCAGACCUGGCCGCUUCGGCCGCGCACCAGCGAAGGAGGCGGUCGCUGCGGCCAUGGCGACGCUGCCGUCGUCGUCACCGAUGAAGGUCGAAGGGGUCGCAGACAGUGUGAGCGUCUCCCCAGGUGUGAAGCCUACGAACACCCCACGCGGUCUCUCGGAUGCGCUGCCGUGCGAUCUCGGGCAGAGCAGCGACAGCAACUUCCCCACUGUCCCAUCGCCGAGGGCCCUCUCUCUCUACGCGACAGAGGAAGAGCUUCCCGUCUGCAUCGACCCGGAAGGUGUGCAGUGCUGCCCGUUGCUUGAUUCUCGAUCCGAGAAAGGCGUCGUGAGGGAUGCACAGAUCAACUUGUCACCGUUCCUCAACUGGAGGUUUGUACCCUACCUCUCCCCGCAGGCAAAGGACCAGGUCAGGUCGACGGUGGUACUCGACAUGGAUGAGACGCUGCUGCACACGUCGGUGGUGCCGAUGCCAGAUGCAGACGCUGAGAUUGACGCGUUGUGCCUGUCCGACGACGCGCAAGGCACAGGAAAGUCAGUGACCUCGGCACGCUACAAGCUUUUCGUGAAAUACCGCCCGCACCUGGAAUACUUUCUGCGGUUCUGUCUGCACCACUUUGAGGUUGUCAUCUUCACCGCCAGCAAGGCCCUCUACGCCCAGGCGGUGCUAAGGCAGCUGCAGAAAGACUUCCCUGGCAUCAACAUUCGCCUCGAUGGCAGCAGUGUCAGCGGCAGCGCUCCAGCGUCGCAGGGUGUUGGCGACGAGGCGCGCGUCAUUGAGCUGCUGCACCGCGACCACUGUACACCAACAAACGUCGGGUACGCGAAGGACCUGCACCUCCUCGGUCGCGACCUGCGCCGCACCAUCCUCGUGGACAACAACAGUAUCUGUGGCGUUUUUCAGCCGUACAACUCUGUUCACGUAAAGGACUUUGCGCGCCGGUGCUGCGCUGAGCGGGUGCCAGAGCAGCAGCGGAUGAAGGCGAUGCAGCUGGGUCAGCGAAAAGGGACGACUCCUGCGUCGGCGAUGACAGCCGCGGAGGAUGCAGACACUUCCCAUCUGCUCGGCAAUUUGGAGUGCGCCACUUACACAUACGACUGGGUGGAUCGAGAGGAUACCGUGCUCCUCCGCCUAUGCUCUGGUGGCGGCCUUCUGCAUCGCUUGUCGCAGUGCGAGAACGUGCCGUCUUUUAUGCAGCGCACUGUGCGCUUCAACCGUGCAGCACACUGA